CUAUAAUUUUCCACCAUUAUUAUCUCCCACAUUCAUCACAUAAAACAAUGACUUCUAAUGAGCUGUGUUUACCCACCACUUGCAACUUCAACAAAAAUAACAACUCCUCAAUAAUCCCAAAACUAUUCUUCCAUGAUAUAUCCCUUUUAUUUUCCUUGAUAUUUUCUCACCCUCUUUACUUCUCUUAUUUCAUAUUCUUCUCUCCUUACUUGUUUAAAUUCAUUUCCUUCAUUUCUCCUUUAUUUUUGACUACCACCCUCUUACUACUUUGCAUCCUUGCCACCACUUUCCCUCAACCGAAACUCGGGUUUUUUCAAACGAUCGUGGAUAAGUUACGAUCAAAGAUGAAUGUCGUUGUUGAAGAAGAAGACCAAGAUGUCGAGUUUCUUGAUUUUGAAGAUCUUGAAAUAUAUAAAAUUGUGUUCCAUGAUCCGCCACUUAUAUUAGACAUUGAAAGUUUUUCUAGAUCCACUUCUGUUGAUGAAGACAAUAAUGAUGAUGAUCAGUUAAAACAAGUGAUGGUAAUGGAGAACACGGUGAGGGUUAUGGAGAAAUCUGAAGAGGAGCGAAGUUUGGAGAAACUAUUUGAAGAAUUGGAUCGAUUUGAAGAUUCAAGAGACACAAUUGAGACAAAGGAGAACAAAAUUAUAUCUCAACGCGAAACAAAGAAACUAGAGAUUAACAAACUUGAGACGUCUUGUGAAGAUAAAAAAAUAUUUGAAGUGAAGUCAAAUUCAUUGAGAACGGAUUCUUGUAGUAGCUUUGGAAGCUAUGGAUCGAUGAGGAAAGAAAAAGAGUGGAAACGUACAUUAGCGUGUAAGUUAUUUGAAGAACGAAACAACUCUGGAGGGGAAGAAGGUAUGGAUUCGUUAUGGGAGUCUUACGAAGAUGAUAACGCAAGCAAAAAAUCCAGGAAUAGAAAAGAAACGACGAUAGAGAAGAAAAAGACGACGACGAAGAACAAGAAGAGCGAGUUUAAGUAUUUUUAUGAAGGUGAUGAUGUUGAUCAAGAUGAUGAUGAAGAAGAGUUCAUGAGUAAUGGGCAGUUGUGUUGUUUGAAGGCAUUAAAAUUAUCAACAGGGAAGAUGAAUUUAGGGAUGGGGAAGCCAAAUCUUGUAAAAAUUACAAAAGCACUAAAAGGUUUUGGUUGGUUGCAUCAUGUUGGUACCAAGCAUGGUAAAAAAGUUUAAUUUAUGUUUGUUUAUAAAAUUUUCCUUCUUAUUUUGUUUUA